AUGGAUUAUCACAGUAUGAAGAGGAAAGAACUUCAAUCUCUUUGUAAGAAACAUCAUAUUCCAGCGAACAUGACUAAUUCAGCCAUGGCGGAUGCCCUUUCUGCUCUUAAUUUGGUUGAUGAGGUUGAAGAAACUGUGACGGAGAGGCCCGUAAAACCACAAAUUGAUCUGAUUGAUGAUAGUGAACCUAGAAUUCCUGUUGGCGGUGCUAGAUCUAGACGAGCACCUUUGCGUGAAAAGUCAGUUGAGGAGAUUUUAGCCAAAACAUCAGCACCAACGGCUUGCCGAAAGAAAAUUCAAGGAAAAGUUGUUUCCAAGGCCAAGGAGAAUAAUAAAGAGGAGGUGAAGGAGGAGGAGGUUCCUGUUGUCAAUACAAUGCGAUCUACAAAAUUGCACCAGGAAUCUAAACUCAAGAUAUCUGAGUCUUCCCAGGAGGUAGAAGCUAAGAAGAUUGGUGUGUUGUCUGAAGAACUAAAUGUCAAAGACAAGGGAAAUAAUAAUGAGGAGGAGGAGAAGGAAGUUCCUGUUGUUAAUCAUGUUGCAAAGCGAUCCAGGAGAUUGCAACAAAAAUCUAAGCUUGAUAUAUCCGAGUCUUCCCAGGAGGUAGAAGCUAAGAAGACUGAUAUGUUGUCUGAAGAAGUAAAUGUCAAGGACAAGGGAAAUAAUGAUGAGAAGGAGGAGGAGGUUGUUGUUGUUGCCAAUCCUGUUACAAAGCGAUCCCGGAGAUUACAGCAGAAAUCUAUGCUCAAGACAUCUGAGUCUGUCCAGGAGGUAGAAGCUAAGAAGACUGAUAUGUUAUCUGAAGAAGUAAAUGUCAAGGACAAGGGAAAUAAUAAUGGGAAGGAGGAGGAGGAGGUUGUUGUUGUUAAUCCUGUUACAAAGCGAUCACGGAGAUUGCAGCAGAAGUCUAAGCUCAAGACAUCUGAGUCUGUCCAGGAGGUAGAAGCUAAGAAGACUGAUAUAUUGUCUGAAGAAGUAAAUGGCGAGGAGAUGAAAUCAGAGUCUGAAGUAAUUGACGUUGUUCUGCAGAAAAAUGAAGGAAUUGAUGGCAAUUCUUCAAAGGAAGCUCAAGAUAAUGUGGCUUCUGGAAGUGUUGAUGUUGUUGAAAAAACUAUGCCAGAGAGCCCAGAAACCAGCAGGAAACCAUUAUCUGCAAGAAAACCCCAAUGUGAUUUGGUUGUUAAUGAACCUGAAAUUCCUGUUGGUCUUGCCAGAUCUAGACGUGCACGUUUGCUUGGAAACUCAUCUGCUUCAGAGGAGAUUAUACCCAAAACUGCAGCACCAACAGCUUGCCGAAAGAAAACUGAAGGAAAACUUGUUUCCAAGGCCAAGGGAAAUAAUAACGAGAAGGAGGAGGAGGUUCCUGUUGUUAGUCAUGUUGCAAAGCGAUCCACCAGAUUGCAGAUGAAAUCUAUGCUGAAGGUAUCUGAGUCUGUCUUGAAGGCAGGAGAAACAAAUGAAGCUAAGAAGGCCGUUCUGUUGGCUGAAAAAGUAAAUGUCAGAGGAGAUGAAGUCAGAGUCUGA